UAAAAUAAAUAAUAAUAAUAUUAACAAUGGGUAAUGAGUAUGAACCAUUGCAUCAAAAAAAAGCAGAAACAAAACAAAAGGUAGGUCUACUUGGUUGCAUCUCUUUAAUUGUUGGUACAAUGAUUGGAAGUGGUAUAUUUGCUUCAACAAGUAAUGUGUUUAUUAAUGCAGGAAGCCCUGGGAUGGCUUUAAUAGUUUGGACUGCUUCGGGUAUUUUAGUUGCAUUAAUAUCUUUAUGUUAUGUAGAGAUGGGAACAAUGAUACCACUAUCAGGUGGGGAAUACAGCUAUUAUUCGGAAGCUUUUGGAGAACUGCCAGCUUUUCUUUUUUCUUAUACAUCAACUUUGUUUUUAAAACCUGCACAACUGGCUGCAAUUUUGUUAGCAUGUGGAGAUUAUAUGACAGUACCUUUCUUUUAUAAUGACUGCAACACAGAAGAAAGAAUCAUAAUUUCAAAAAUUUUAGCAUCUUUUCUUUUAGGUGUCGUUAUAUUUAUAAACUGUGUUAGCGUCCGAUGGGCAACAAAUAUUCAAAUUGUUUUUACAGCUGCAAAGUUAAUUACAAUAACCAUUUUAGUAAUUACUGGCAUUGUCAGAUUGGUUCAAGGUUUUGACAAUGAGUUUAAAAAUGCAUUUACUGGUCCAGAUAUACAAAUAUCAAGUAUUGGCUAUGCAUUCUAUGGAGGGUUAUGGGCUUAUGACGGUUGGAAUACACUAAACUUAGCCACAGAAGAUAUAAAGAAUCCCAAUCGAGAUCUUCCACUUGCUAUUAUAAUUGGAAUUCCAUUAGUUACUGGGUGUUAUGUGCUUAUCAAUGCAGCAUAUCUUACAGUUUUGACAUCAUCAGAGAUUGCAAGGUCGAAUGCAUUAGCUGUGACAAUGGCAAAUAGAGUGUAUGGUAAAUAUGCUUUCUUAAUACCAAUAUUUGUUGCCUUUUCCACUGUGGGUGCUGCAAAUGGAACAGCAUUUAGUGGUGGCAGAUUAGCUUAUGUUGCUGCACGAAACAACCAUUUGCCCAAAGUUCUUGCAAUGCUUCAUUGUGAAAAACAAACACCUAUUCCAGCUUUAACACUAACAUGUAUAUUAGCUUGGAUAAUGAUGAUUCCUGAUUCUUCUAAUUUUACUACUGUAAUGAAUUAUUGUAAUUUUGUUGCGUGGAUGAUGUAUGGUUUAACUAUAGUUGCACUUUUGUGGUUGAGAUUUAAAAGACCGAACGUAAAGAGACCAUUCAAGAUUUUUAUUGGAAUUCCCAUUUUUGUGUUAUUUUUUUCCGUUUAUCUUGUGGUCGCGCCAUUUUACGAAAAUCCUUUGGGGUCUACAUAUUGCCUUCUGGUUUUAUCUACUGGAAUACUUGUUUACUUUUUGUUUAUCAAGUAUCGAAUCGUACCUCAUUUUAUUAUGGAAUUUUUCGAUAAGUUUACACGGAUGGUUCAAAUGUUAGCGAAUCUUUAUUUUCCAAAUACCGUCGUAGAAUCGUACACCCAAUCUAACUAUGAAACGAUUAUUGAAGAUACAAAAAUUUAAUACAGAAAAUAAUUUUCAUCCUAAA